AUGUACCUGGAGCCCAUACGGCAGCACCACGAGAAGCUGGUUAUUAUGCAGCGGUCACCUGACAAGUCGGAUGCGGAGUACGUGUCUGGGAUAUUCGAGAAGUUCAAGGAUCCGGUUUUGGGUGUGAUUGAUGGCACCAAACCCACGGGAGCCUUUUCGGACAAGUGCCUAGAGGCCGUUGCUUCCUUCUCAACCGUCGACGUUACCUUUGAGGUCACCAACAUGAUGUGCAUCCGCACUAAGAUAGAGCUGGAGGCGCAGAAGCAGGCUGCGCAGUUUGCGUGCGCCGUGAUGAAGUCCCAGCUGAUCAACCAGAUCGAGAACAUCCUCGACUCCGAAGCCAAGAAGUCGCACUCCAAAAUUGUUUCCGAAGCCUUGAAUGUGCACACUGACGUUAGAUUCUUGGAGAAGAUGCAGAAGAAGUACAACAUGAACCCUGCAGAGACUGAGGUGAUUUACAGCAACGUCCAGAGUGGUAAUUCGUUCAACCUCGGCAUCGGAGUACCGCCCGAUGAGUCAACGCUUUCUCACAGCCCCGGUGCCAUCAUAGUCUCUGUCUGUUCGAAAUACUCCGAGCUGUGCGCGUGCAUCACACGUACCCUUCUUCUCGACGGCACAUCGAAGCACAAGGAUGCGUAUGCGUUUGCUGUGAAGGCGUUUGACUACGCUUUGAGCAAGAUCAAGCCAGGCGUGACGUUUGGUUCAGUCUAUGACGAAGUACAAAAGUUUGUGGCGAAGGAGAAGCCGGAGUUCGCGGACAACCUGCUGCGUUCCUUGGGUCACACCAUGGGUCUAGAGUUCAAGGACGCCAAAUUCACGCUAGUUAGCGGUAACGAAAAGUGCACGAUAUCGAGCGGCAUGGUGUUCCACGUUUCUUUGGGGUUCGGCCACCUGGUUGAGGGCGGUAAGGAGUUUGCCGUCUGGAUCGGUGACACGGUGGAGGUGACGCCCGAGGGGGCGGUGGUGCUGACAGCCAACGUUAGCAAGAGCUUGGAGAACAUAUCGUAUGAGUUGGAGGAGGAAGAGGAGGAGCCGGUGGAGACCUCCGAGACCAAGCCCCAGAAGCAGCCUGGCGUGUCGUCCGAAUUGCUUCGUGAUGCCGACAGCGUUAUAUUGAAGGAGCGCCUGCGUCGUCGUGACCGCGGUGGUCAGAACCAGGUGUCCGAGGCCGAGAUGAAGGCACGUUUGGACCGACAGCUACAGCUCCGUAAGGCGAAGGUGGCCGCUAUAGUUGAGCGCGUGAAGACUGAGGGUGGUCUGGCCGGUACCUCCAAGCAGCGCUCAGUGGUAAAGAUGGACAAGAUGCGCAGUUUUUCCUCCCCGAACUCGUUUUCCACUGACCUUGUGCCGCGGCAGAUUUAUGUUGAUGUCCGCAAUGAGGUGAUCAUGCUGCCAAUAAACGGCUACCACCUUCCCUUCAGCAUCAUGACCGUCAAGAACGCUUCCUGCAACUCCGACGACAACCAGACCUACACCCUACGUAUAAACUUCCAGGUCCCCGGCUCUCACACGUUCAGUUCGAAGAAUGACGUCAACCCGCUGCCCGAUAUAAACGCUGAAAAUGCGAUAUUUGUGAAGGAGGUCAUGUACCGUUCCUCUGACUCCAAGCACAUCCAGAACGUGUUCCGCUCUAUUAAGGAUCUGAUCAAGCAAGUAAAACAACGUGAAACGGAUGCCGAUGCCCACUUGGUGCUCGCUGAGCAGGAGAAGCUGCAGCUGAACAAGACCGGUCGCCGUAUAGUGCUCAAGGACCUGAUGGUGCGUCCCAACAUCCACGGCGCUCGCCGCAUCAUCGGAUUCCUGGAGGCUCACCACAACGGUCUGCGUUACGUGGUUAACACGCGUGACCGUGUCGACCACAUUGACAUAUCCUACUCCAACGUCCGCCACGCGAUCUUCCAGCCAUGUGAGCGCGAGUUGAUUGUCCUGCUCCACUUCCACCUCAAGUCCCCCAUUAUGGUGGGCAAGCGCAAGUCGAUAGACGUCCAGUUCUACUGCGAGGUGGGCACCCAGAUCGACGAUUUGGAUAACCGCCGCGGCCGUUCGUACAACGACCCCGACGAGACGCUGGAGGAGAUGCGCGAUCGUGAGAUGAAGCGCCGUUUAAAUGCGGACUUCAAGCAGUUCAUGACACAGCUUCAGGAGAUGUCCAGUUUGGUGUUCGACAUGCCCUACCGUGAGCUGAUGUUCAGUGGUGUCCCGUCCAAGUCCAACGUGGUGAUCUUCCCAACGGCCCACUGUUUGGUGAACUUGGUUGAGUGGCCGCCAUUCGUGUUGACUCUUGAUGAUGUUGAAAUAGUGUCACUGGAGCGUGUGCAGCACGGUUUGCGCAACUUUGACAUGGUGCUCGUGAACAAAGACUAUUCGAAACCCGUGAGGCGUAUCGACCUGAUUCCGGUGGAGUACCUGGACACCCUGAAAAGUUGGUUGAACGAGCUGGAUAUGGUCUGGUACGAGGGUAAAAACAACCUGCAGUGGACCAACAUUUUACGCACGAUCCUGGAGGACGUGGAUGCCUUUGUGGAGAAUGGUGCUUUCGACGGCUUCCUUGGCGAGUCGGAGGGCGAUGAUGAGUCCGUGGACGACGAAGACGAGGAGUACGAGAACGAAUCCGACGAGGAGGUCGAGGAAGACAGCGAGGAGGAAUACAGCGAAGACGACGAGUCCCUUGCCGACGAAGAUGAAGAGGAUGAAGACGAGGCCUACGACGAAGAGGAGGAAGAGGGCCUCUCAUGGGACGAGAUGGAGGAGUUCGCGAAGAAGGAAGACGACCGCAACCGUUACGAUGACGAUUCUCACCACCGGCGCAAACGUCGUCGCUAA